AUGCUUCCUCCCUCGGGCUCGCUGCGGCACCAUGCCCACAAGCUCGCUGAAGCCCGUGCAAACCGUACUGAACGUCCCUCAGCGCCGCCGCCAUACUCACCAGUUCCCCAUGUCAUCAUGGGAGGGCAUGGCCUGCUAGUGGAUGAGGACGACAGCCCCAGCCCCAUCACCAUCACUAUGGACGCUUCAAUCCACAUCCAUGGCAAUGGCAACACAAUCGUGCUGCCAAGUACCAACCCAAAAGCUGCUGAGCAGCAGCAGAAUAGAACUUCUUCGUCAGAAACAACAGCAACAUCAACAUCAGCGCAAAUGACAGCACUGCAAUCCGCGCAAAAGCAGCGCCAAAACAAACUCUCCGAGAUGGCGAGCACGAUCAUCGCCGCAUUGCACGAAGCCGACGCCCUCCUCGAUGUCGAGAGCGGGCGCUGCAGGCCCAUCGCCGUGCAUCUCGACGCGGGCGUCAAGGUUGAAGGCAGUCGCAAUGUGAUUUGCGUGGGCGCUGCUGCUGCGCCGAGCCGGGUGGGUCGUAAGAAUCCCCUGUCUGAGGAUGGGAAUGGUGAUGGUGUGAGUCGGAAGAGACGAGCACAGUCUGAACCGCCGGGCUUUCGUGCGCCCAAGCGGGAUAUAUCUGGUGAAUUGAAAUGA